CCCUUUCAAGACAAGACAAAUCAAAGGCUCGGAGGCAAAGCAGCUCCCUGAGCUCCGGAGGUCUCCCUCCCUCCCCUCCCUCCCCCCACCCCAGCUCACAGGCCAGCCUCUGUCUAGGGAAGAGGCUUCCAAGCAGCUUUAGAUGAUUAUGGAUUUUCUGAACGAGAAGUUUGCCCUGAAGAGCCAGCCGAGUAAGAACAGUGACUUUUACAUGGGAGCAGGAGGCACUUUGGAGCACGUUAUGGAAACUUUGGACAAUGAGUCCUUUUACAGCAAAACUUCAGCCAGCAAAUGCGUGCAGGCCUUCAACCCUCUGCAAAGGGCUGAGCAUCAUGUGAGGCUCGAGAGGACCUCGCCCUGCCAGGACAAUAAUGUGAACUAUGGGAUUACUAAAGUAGAAGGACAGCCUCUUCACACAGAGCUGAAUAGGCCCAUGGACAAUUGCAACAGUCUUAGGAUGUCUCCAGUGAAAGGGAUGCAGGAGAAGGGAGAACUGGAUGAACUGGGAGAUAAGUGUGACAGCAAUGUCUCCAGCAGUAAGAAGAGGAGACACAGAACUACCUUUACCAGUUUACAGCUGGAGGAACUGGAGAAAGUGUUCCAGAAAACACAUUAUCCUGAUGUAUAUGUAAGAGAACAGCUAGCUCUGAGAACAGAGCUCACUGAGGCCAGAGUCCAGGUUUGGUUCCAAAAUCGAAGAGCCAAAUGGAGAAAAAGAGAACGCUAUGGCCAGAUCCAGCAAGCUAAAAGCCAUUUUGCUGCUACCUAUGAUAUAUCUGUUCUACCGCGGACUGACAGCUACCCACAGAUUCAGAACAAUCUGUGGGCAGGAAAUGCAGCUAGCAGCUCAAUGGUCACUUCCUGCAUGCUACCGCGUGACACUUCCUCCUGUAUGACACCUUAUUCUCACUCACCCCGGACAGAUUCUGGCUACACGGGCUUUUCAAACCACCAGAACCAAUUCAGCCAUGUACCCCUCAACAACUUUUUCACUGACUCUUUACUUUCUGGGGCUACCAACGGACACGCAUUUGAAACCAAGCCAGAAUUUGAAAGGAGGUCCUCCAGUAUUGCCGUUCUACGAAUGAAAGCCAAGGAGCACGCUGCGAACAUUUCCUGGGCCAUGUAAUAUCAUAGUACACGUUCUUUUUUUUUUAAAUAGCAAACUAAAAACAUUCUUAUUUCCCAUAUUUAAAGGACACAACAAUAAGCUGCUGUGUUUGGAAAUGCUAGAGGUCAGGAUAUACAUUGAAGCCUGCUUAAACAAAUACCCUAUAUUAUUUAACCAUAAAACUUAAGGAUAAACCUGAAUAGAUUUACCAAUCUCAACCAUCCUUGUUUUUCAUUUUUUAUGUUUUAUUGUACCAGUUGAUGAAAUACGAUUAUAAAACCUGCAAAAAGAAUAAACCUAUUAAACAAAUACAUCGGCUAUAUUUUGGUAUAUGUCAGUGCUACGUACAAAAGGAAUUCCUUAUUAAUGAAUAGUUGACAAAGGAGGAAGUCUGGUGAGGAAAACACAUUUGUCAUAUCAUGGCUGUGAGGUAAAUCUUUAAGCACAUUGUGUGGGGUGUUAAGCGUAUGAUUCUCCUUCUUGUAAAUAAAUGUUGUAGCUCUAACUCUGUUAGCACUGUGCUGCUGCUUUGGGCCUGAUCCAUUAUUCUGCUACACCCAUUGUACCACCGUAAAACUGGUGUAAUGGAAUGGUGAGUCUGAUCCUUUGCUCAUAUAGACCUGAGUGUGCGCUCAUUAAGUUUCAUGAGAAAUUUGCUCUGGGUUUCAUUGGGAGCAGAAGUCAAUGGCAAAACUCUCACUGAGUUCAGUGGCAGCAGGAUUGGGCUGUAUACGCUCACUGCAUAUUAUAAAGGAAUUAAAACGUCAGCAGACUUUGACAUUUCUGGUGGAAAAAAAAAUAGGGACGGGGGCGGGGGGAAAGAAAAAUACUUUACAUCUGGAGAAUUGCUAUCUGCUUUGAUUUACUUCUCCUCCCUUUCCCCUGUCACAUUCCAGGCUCCUUCAGAUGAGUGAAAUGUCAGGCUCCUUGAAAGCAACAGCCAGUCUCUCAAGUUCAUAAAGGCAAAAUAAAUUAAUUGGAAUAAAGAAGGACUUGCAUGGCUGUGAUUAGAACAGGAUACAGCUCUCCACACAGCCCAUGCUUCUUGCUUUUCUCUCUGGCUACCACUUCGAAGCAAGGGAUGCAGGGGGAAAGCAUUUUUCAUUACAACAAAACUGAACUAAGUGGUAUUAAUAAAACAAAACUACAGGGAUCUAGGGAGUGCUCCUCUUUCUAUUUGAGACAAUGGCCAAGCUUCUAAUGACUUAAAUGUGAGAAGGAUCCAAUCCAUAAUCCUUAAGUACAGUAAAUAAGCCUCACUUUAAAAGCAUUGUUAUUAAUUAGAAAUGAGAUUUUUAUAACAAAAAUUUUAAAUUGGAUGAUUUGAAAAGAAAGUUGUCCUAUGCACAGUCUUUAAGGAAAAGAUCAGCCUUUUAUUCAUUUAUAUACUUGCGGUUUCCUAAUUUUAUUACCCUGCCAAAAUGAGCUUCUUCAAUUUUGGCCGUGGAUAUUGGGGGCAGGGAGAGGAAGGGGGAAUUUUCAGGCUCACAUUUAGCAGCUUUUUUAAUGACCUGUUUAGACAACUGUAAAAUGUGCCUUAUGCUUCAAAGCAGACUGAUUUGUUUUCAACACAUGUAAAGAUACAACGGCUAUACGACACUUGUGCCAUAUGAAGAAGGAUUAAAGUGAUGAAAAUCCAAGCAUUUUUCACAGGUCA